UCCUGAUGUUAUUAGCAGCAUAAGGCAAUUAUCUAAAGCGGCCAUGAAAGAGGAUGCCAAACCCAGCAAAGAUAAUGAGGACGCCUUUUACAACUCUCAGAAGUUCGAAGUCUUGUACUGUGGAAAGGUGACCGUGACCCACAAGAAGGCCCCCUCAAGCCUCAUUGAUGACUGCAUGGAGAAGUUCAGCCUGCACGAACAGCAGCGCCUGAAGAUCCAAGGCGAGCAGCGCGGUCCGGACCCAGGAGAGGACCUGGCUGACUUGGAGGUGGUGGUGCCUGGGUCCCCCGGAGACUGCCUGCCGGAGGAGGCUGACGGCAGCGACACCCACCUUGGCUUACCUGCCGAGGCCAGCCAGCCUGCCCUGACCAGCUCUCGGGUCUGCUUCCCUGAGCGGAUUUUGGAAGAUUCUGGCUUUGAUGAGCAGCAGGAGUUUCGGUCUCGGUGCAGCAGUGUCACCGGAGUGCAAAGGAGAGUUCACGAGGGCAGCCAGAAAUCCCAGCCGCGACGGAGACACGCGAGCGCCCCCAGUCACGUCCAGCCCUCGGACUCGGAGAAGAACAGGACCAUGCUCUUCCAGGUUGGGCGAUUUGAGAUUAACCUUAUCAGUCCAGACACUAAAUCAGUUGUGCUAGAAAAGAAUUUUAAAGAUAUCUCCUCUUGUUCUCAGGGUAUAAAGCAUGUGGAUCACUUUGGCUUUAUCUGCCGGGAGUCUCCAGAGCCUGGACUUAGCCAGUAUAUUUGUUACGUAUUCCAGUGUGCCAGCGAAUCUCUGGUUGAUGAGGUAAUGCUGACUCUGAAACAGGCCUUCAGUACAGCGGCUGCCCUGCAGAGUGCCAAGACGCAGAUUAAACUGUGUGAGGCCUGCCCGAUGCACUCUUUGCAUAAGCUCUGUGAAAGGAUUGAAGGUCUCUACCCACCAAGAGCCAAGCUGGUAAUACAGAGGCAUCUCUCAUCACUGACAGAUAAUGAGCAAGCUGACAUCUUUGAAAGAGUUCAGAAAAUGAAGCCAGUCAGUGACCAGGAAGAAAAUGAACUUGUGAUUUUACACCUGAGGCAGCUGUGUGAAGCCAAGCAGAAGACACACGUGCACAUCGGGGAAGGCCCUUCGACUAUUUCAAAUAGUACAAUCCCAGAAAAUGCAACAAGCAGUGGAAGGUUCAAACUUGACAUUCUGAAAAAUAAAGCUAAGAGAUCCUUAACUAGCUCCCUGGAAAAUAUCUUCUCAAGGGGAGCUAACAGAAUGAGAGGUCGGCUGGGAAGUGUGGACAGUUUUGAACGGUCCAACAGUCUUGCUUCAGAGAAGGACUACUCACCAGGGGAUUCUCCACCAGGGACACCGCCAGCAUCCCCAUUGUCCUCAGCUUGGCAAACGUUUCCCGAAGAGGAUUCUGACUCCCCGCAGUUUCGAAGACGGGCACACACGUUCAGCCACCCACCUUCAAGCACAAAGAGAAAGCUGAAUUUGCAGGAUGGGAGGGCUCAGGGUGUGCGUUCUCCUCUGCUGAGGCAGAGUUCCAGUGAACAGUGCAGACAAGACACUGCUUCAGAAUCAAGUGAUGGAGAAGGGAGAAAAAGGACCUCAUCUACCUGCAGCAAUGAGUCCCUAAGUGUGGGAGGAACCUCUGUCACUCCUCGCCGGAUCUCCUGGCGGCAGCGCAUUUUCCUCAGGGUUGCUUCUCCCAUGAACAAAUCUCCCUCAGCAAUGCAACAGCAAGAUGGAUUGGACAGGAACGAGCUGCUGCCACUGUCCCCCCUCUCUCCAACCAUGGAGGAGGAACCGCUGGUUAUAUUUCUGUCUGGGGAGGAUGACCCAGAAAAGAUUGAAGAAAGAAAGAAAUCAAAAGAACUGAGGAGCUUGUGGAGAAAAGCUAUACACCAACAAAUCUUGUUACUUCGAAUGGAAAAAGAAAACCAGAAACUUGAAGCAAGCAGAGAUGAACUCCAGUCCAGAAAAGUUAAAUUAGACUAUGAAGAAGUUGGUGCAUGUCAGAAAGAGGUCUUAAUAACUUGGGAUAAGAAGUUGUUAAACUGCAGAGCUAAAAUCAGAUGUGAUGUGGAAGAUAUUCAUACUCUUCUUAAAGAAGGAGUUCCCAAAAGUCGACGAGGAGAAAUUUGGCAGUUCCUGGCUUUACAGUACCGACUCAGACACAGAUUGCCUAAUAAACAACAGCCUCCUGACAUAUCCUAUAAGGAACUUUUGAAGCAGCUCACUGCUCAGCAGCAUGCGAUUCUCGUGGAUUUAGGAAGGACGUUUCCUACUCACCCUUACUUUUCAGUACAGCUUGGGCCAGGGCAGCUGUCACUGUUUAACCUCCUGAAAGCCUAUUCUUUGCUGGACAAAGAAGUGGGAUAUUGUCAGGGGAUCAGUUUUGUGGCUGGAGUCCUGCUUCUGCACAUGAGUGAAGAGCAAGCCUUUGAAAUGCUGAAAUUCCUCAUGUAUGACCUCGGCUUCCGCAAGCAGUACAGACCUGACAUGAUGUCGCUGCAGAUUCAAAUGUACCAGCUGUCCAGGCUCCUUCAUGACUAUCACAGAGAUCUCUACAAUCACCUUGAAGAAAAUGAAAUCAGCCCCAGUCUUUAUGCUGCCCCCUGGUUCCUCACAUUGUUUGCCUCUCAAUUUUCAUUAGGAUUUGUAGCCAGAGUUUUUGAUAUUAUUUUUCUUCAGGGAACUGAAGUUAUAUUCAAGGUUGCACUCAGCCUACUGAGCAGCCAAGAGACACUUAUAAUGGAAUGUGAGAGCUUCGAAAAUAUUGUUGAGUUUCUUAAAAACACGCUACCUGAUAUGAAUACCUCUGAAAUGGAAAAAAUUAUUACCCAGGUUUUUGAGAUGGAUAUUUCUAAGCAGUUGCAUGCCUAUGAGGUGGAAUAUCAUGUGCUACAGGAUGAGCUUCAGGAAUCUUCAUAUUCCUGUGAGGAUAGUGAACCUUUGGAGAAGCUGGAAAGGGCCAAUAGCCAACUGAAAAGACAAAACAUGGACCUCCUAGAAAAAUUACAGGUAGCUCAUACUAAAAUCCAGGCCUUGGAAUCAAACCUGGAAAAUCUUUUGACGAGAGAGACCAAAAUGAAGUCUUUAAUCCGGACCCUGGAACAAGAAAAAAUGGCUUAUCAAAAGACAGUGGAGCAACUCCGAAAGCUGCUGCCCGCGGAUGCUCUAGCCAAUUGUGAACUGUUGCUGAGAGACCUAAACUGCAACCCUAACAACAAAGCCAAGAUAGGAAAUAAGCCAUAAUUGAAGAGGCGUGGCCUCAGCAGAAAGUGCUCCUUAGAAUACUACAGAGAGGAAGAGCCUGCAUGCCGCUGGCCCAAGGCUGGACCCUGAAGCUGAUGGAACCACCUAAUACUGGUGCUGAGCCCCUAGUCACAGCAGGUGGACCUCGUGCUCAUGAGAGCAUGCCAAUCCUAAGCCAUUGGACAUAUGUAGACUGGUUUUUGUUGUUGCUAUGUACAUAUAAAUAUAUAUAUAAAAUGAACAUAGUUCAUGCUUUCAGAUAAAAUGAGUAGAUGUAUAUUUAGAUUAAUUUUUUUAGUCAGAACUUCAUGAAAUCCACACCAAAGGAAAGGUAAACUGAAAUUUCCCUUGGACGUAUGUGAAAUCUUUUUGUCUUUAUAGUGAAACAAAGCCAGAGCAUCUUUGUAUAUUGCAAUAUACUUGAAAAAAAUGAAUGUAUUUUUUUCUCCAAAGAACAGCAUGUUUCACUCAAUGGUGAAAAGGUGGAAACAUUUAUGUAACUUUAUGUUUAUCUGUCUUAAUAUCUACUGACCUUGUCUAUAUAAGGAAAAUGACUGAUUACUAGUCAUGCUCCUGUGAGUUUUUUGGGAAGGUAGGGGCAUUUCUCCCUGCCUGCUUUGUGCCAACUAGCAUGUUGCAUCUACAUGCAUUGUGAGUCUGGUUAGGCAUUACUUUAAACAUACAUAAAGAGAAAGUAGGACAUUGUGGCUGGGUCUACGCAGCUCAAGGUAAAGGAGAAUGUCGCUAAUUUUUUAGCAAACUAGACCAGCGUUAUUACUCAAACUAAAAAUAUCACACCUGAAAAAUUUAAUUUAGGACCUAAAAUGUCUAGAUUAGCUUUCUGCCUUUUUAUUUAAAUAACUCAUUCAGUUGUGAAUAAAUUCCUCUUUAUUUGGUGCCACAGUCACCAGAUGACAAGGAUUUGCCAUUUUCCCACCAAAUUGUGAGUGCUCGUAAUUUAGGUCUCUCUACCUUAAAUUCAGUAUAAGGAAAUGUAAUUAUCAUUGAUUUUUUUCCAAAGAUGACAAACUGUGUUGAAAUACAUUUUUUUCUUUUGACCAAUUGACAGAAUCUAAUAAGCUUUAAUAAUCUCCCCCUUUUAUGUGAAAAGUUUUGAGAACUGUGAAAUGUUUAGGAACAAACUGUUGAAAUCCAUUGGAACGAAAAAAGAAGGUGGUACCAGUGGUACCAGCUCAACUAAAACCUGCAGGUCUGCAUUUCAACUCUUCACUUCCUCAGCCUACGAACAGCUUAUGAGAGGACAUUCACGCAUGUUGGGUAUAGGCAAGGAAAGUAAUUUUUAAAGUACAUUUGCAGUUCUCUUUUUCAGAGGUGAUUCGAUGAUAGUGCCUCUGAAAGUUGAUGCAGCAUUUUUGCCUUUCCAAAAAGUAUUUAUCGUCACUGCUUUUUGCAGUACUUGUAUUUUCACAGAUGGAUUAUCUGGGGUAAUUUUCUUCAAAGGGAGUUUGUUAUACACAGUGAAAAUUUAUUAUAGAGUAGAAUAGUAAAGCUCUAGGGGUUUCAGAAAGCUUUGAUGAACAGAUAACAAACAUCUGAAACCCCCUCUACACUGUUACCCAGUGUGUAUAUAAUGACUUGUUGUAGCUCAGUGUGCCCUUGAAUCCAGACAGUUUCUUAAAAGACAAUAAAAUCUUAUUAGUAAAGUUAAUGUAACUUCUAAGUUCUAGAAAAUACUGAUUCUGUCUGCCCCAUUCAAUUGGGGGCUACUAAUUGAUUUGUUGCUUGGAUUUCCUGAGAAUUUCUCUAUUUGUAGGAGGCUUUUUUUCUUUUACUGUCCGUUGAUGAAAAUUACUUUAUGGGUGUGAUGCACAGAUGGUAGUCAAGGAAUCUGUUGGGAAAGUUUGGGAAGAAACCUUUUCUGUUGUUCAGUUUAAAGUAAACUUUAUCUUGGGUGUUUAGAAUCAACAUUAAGAAUUAUAUUAUGGUGUUCAGAGAUUAAGCUGACUUGGAUACAAUAUUUUCUUUUGAAAAUGAAUUUUCUUUUUCAUUUGUGGUUUUUAAAAAAUGUUGCACCAGUUAUGCUUCAUGCAUUGUUACAUCUUCAUCAGGUUAAUGUAAUGUCUAGUUCCUUUGCAAUAAAUAUAUUGCUGCAGCUUU